AUGACAAUUGAAGAAAUUAUAAAAGCGACGGAUGAAGACGAAGUGUUAAAAGGUGUUCGAGCAGCAAUCAAACUAAAUAAGUGGGACUACAACAUUGUUAAACAGUUCAAGCAAAUCAAAGACGAGCUGUCCGUUACAACGAAAGGAGUUAUACUCCGUGGUGCCAGAAUAGUAAUUCCAGAAAGCCUUCAACAAAGAGCCAUUGAUAUUGCUCAUGAUUGUCAUAUGGGACUAACAAAGACCAAGGCACUUUUAAGAGAAAAAAUAUGGUUUCCUAAUAUAGAUCAAUUAGUGAAAGACACCGUGGCGAAAUGCAUUCCAUGUCAAGCGGUAGGAAAGCCAAAACCACCAGAACCUCUGUCUAUGACGAGCAUGCCAAAGGGACCUUGGGAAGUUAUUCAUGCCGAUUUCUACGGUCCGUUACCAUCUGGAGAAUAUCUUCUAGUAGUGAUCGAUAGGUACUCCAGGUAUCCAGAAGUGGAAAUCGUGUCGUCAACUAAAGCUUCAACGGUUAUACCUAAGUUGGACAAAAUGUUCGCAACGCAUGGCAUACCAGAUACGUUAAAAACGGACAAUGGCCCUCCUUUUAACGGAGAAGAAUAUCGACGAUAUGUUCGAGCGUUGGGAAUUAAAGUAUUAUAUUCCACACCAUAUUGGCCGCAAGGUAAUAGCGAAGCCGAACGAUUCAUGCAGCCCUUAGGCAAAGCUUUAAGAACUGCUAAAGCCGAAGGAAGACCGUGGAGACAAGAGCUAAACAGGUUUCUACUUCAAUACAGAACAACGCCACAUUCGACUACCAAAGUACCACCGUCGGAGUUAAUAUUCAAUCGUGUGGUAAAAGGCAAACUUCCAAUGAUCAGUAAACGUAACAUUGUGAACAGACACAAACAAGCAAGAGAGAAUGACAAGGCAGGACAAGAGUAUAACAAGCAGUACGCAGACAAUCGUCGGAAAACUAAACAUCGUAACAUCGCUGUCGGUGAUUGUGUUUUGGUUAGACAGAGAAAACAAAACAAGCUGACAACAAAUUUUGACACCACACCAUAUCGUGUUAUAGGAACAAACAGAUCGCAAGUUACAGCACAAAGUAAAGAUGGACACAAAAUAACAAGAAACGUGUCACACUUUAAACGUAUCCCCGAAAAAAAAGUAGAGGUAGAUACUGACGUCGAUGACGAAGAGUAUAAAGGAAAAGAUGCAGAGAAUGCGAAGGCAGGACAGAACAAUUCUCAAUCGACACCCGAAGUUCCAGUGAACAUAGCUAGGAGAUCAACGAGAGACAGAAGAGCACCGCAAAGAUACGGUAACCCAUUAAUGUGGAAAUAA